UGACUGCUUGGCACAUGGAGCGAGAGAGCGGGCAGGAGGGACUUUCUCCGCCUAGCCUGCCAUGAAUGGGGCAAGGCGAUGCUGCCCUUCACCGCUUUCUCCUCCAGUUCGCAGGGUGGCCUUCAGCCUUCGUUAGACCUCUUAUUGCUUUGAGCUGCUGGAUAACCCAGAGAGAGAGAGAGAGAGAGAGAGAGAGAGCAUACUGAUCAGCCCAAAAACUUUUAACACCGAUCAGUGUCUGUGGUAACGCUAUUAUUCACCAACAGCAGGUACAACUUCCAGCCUGAAGUUGAUCUUCCCAACCUGAUGAAGUUGAUCUUCCCAACCUGAUGAAGUUGAUCUUCCCAACCUGAUGAAGUUGAUCUUCCCAACCUGAUGUAUCAUACAUUAUGGUUCAUGUUAACUUGGUUAAAAAAUGGAUGUAUGUCCUCCUUGCAUUUCUUGUAGUUCUGACUAUUUGUCUGUGGAAGGAAACACGAAAAGGUUAUUAUGUUUCUUUAAAAGAAGAAAGCCCAUCUGAGCAAGUGCACAUAACACUAUGGAAAGGGAGCAUUCCAAAACAACAAAAUGUCCAUCAUCAAUCUAUCAACAUUUCUAACAAGGUGCUUUUGUCAACCAAAGCAUCCGAAGUCAAAGUUAAAGAAAAUAUUUCUGUAAGGCAAGCAGGAAGUAACUUAGUAACAAACCCCAAAAAGCCAGCAGGUUCCAUAAAAGUGUGGAACAAGGACAGUUCAUCCAAAAAUCUCACCCCUAGACUGCAAAAGGCGAGGAAAAACUACCUGGCUAUGAACAAAUAUCGUGUGAAUUACAGUGGAAUAAAAAAUGCUGCUAAACUCAGCCCUGAGAAACUGCUGUGCCAGCUCCGGGAACGAUUGAAUUUUCAGAUGAUAGAGGCAUCAGAUGGUCCUUUCAAUACAUCUGAAUGGGAAGCCUACCUGCCAAGGAGAAACAUCAGCAUGGAACUGGGCCAGCUGGGCCAAUGUGCAGUAGUGUCCUCAGCAGGAUCCAUGAAGUUUUCCCGCUUGGGACCAGAAAUAGACAACCACGAGGCAGUGUUGCGUUUUAAUGGGGCUCCUACCAGAGGGUUUCAGGCUGAUGUAGGGGGGAAAACAACAAUACGUCUGAUUAAUUCCCAGCUUCUUACUGUUGAAGAACAAAAGGUUAUUACGGAUCCGCAAUAUAACACUGGAACAUUAAUUGUGUGGGAUCCAGCACCAUAUCAUGCAGAUAUCCAUGAGUGGUACAGAAAACCAGAUUACAAUUUCUUUAGCAGCUACAAAAAGUAUCGAAACAGACAACCUGAGCAACCUUUUUACAUCCUGAAUCCCUAUAUGCAGUGGCAACUUUGGGAUAUCCUUCAAGAAAAUUCACCAGAGGAUAUCCAGCCAAAUCCACCCUCUUCAGGAAUGCUUGGUAUUGUUAUCAUGAUGCACUUGUGUGACAAAGUGGAUGUUUACGAGUUUCUUCCUUCCAAAAGGCAAACAGACAUUUGUCAUUAUUUCCAGAAGUUCUUUGACCAAGCCUGCACCAUGGGUGCCUACCACCCACUGCUCUUCGAGAAGAAUAUGGUGAAGCACCUUAACCAAGGCACAGAUGAAGACAUUUACACGCAUGGAAAAGUGACUCUUAAUGGCUUGAGGAAUGUACAGUGUUAGAAGAUCGAAUGCCUCAAAUACUAGGCUCGGAAGGUCUUCUUGAAUUGCAAGGCACUUUGUAAAGGCCCCUUCAAGGGUUUUAGGGUGGGUUGUUAAUAGUUAGCAGUUCUUUCAGUCAGUAAGUCUGAAGUUUGGGAUGUGUGGCUGCAGAUUAAAGUGCUUUUCAUCAGAAUCACAUUCAACCUGUUAUGAUCCCUGCAAACAGGUGCAGCAUCUGAAUGGUUCCAGCUGUAGAGCACAGAAUAUGGCUAAGUAUGGCUCUCCAAAACCCACAGAAUUUGAAAUUAAAAAUCAGCAUAUUUCUUGCCCUUAUGACUGCAUAGAAAAACAGAAAAUGGGUGCGUACUCGGGGCGGGGAGUAGACACAACAGAAUUUUACUGAACCUCUUCAUAUUCAGGGACUGCUUUGUAUUUCAUUCUUCCAUCUCAGUAUACUUCCAUCUCUGUAUGAGUCAGGGCCUAACUACAUGUUACAUUUCCCCCCCAGAGACAUAUGUGGGUUGGUUCAAGAGAGACAUUCUGCAGUUCUGUAGUUUCUUAGUGCCUACGGGCUCAAUUUGGAUUUGGAUGGCAGCACACAGGGAGAAAGUGCUUCUACCGCCCCUCCACAUCCACCCACCCACCCUCACACACAUAUACACACACACACAGUUUUCCCAACAGGAAACAGUGCUAGAGAACUACUAUUGCCUUGCUGGGAAAACAUAACAUGUGGCCCAUCGGUACACAGGGCAAAUAGUGGCCUGGGAAGCAGAGAACUCCAGGAUGUCUCUCAGGCUGGCCCAGGGACAUUCCCAGGGAAUAAGUAGUGGGUAGUAGUAGUAUCCACAGUGUGCAUGGUGCAUAUUUCACAAUCCUGCAGGUGCACCGUGUAGUGCAAAAUUUGGUAUUGGGCAGAGGAUGCUGCAGCCCAAGAAUCAGAUUCUGUUUUAGUUUUUUACAUAUUUCUAGCUCUUUGAAUGUGCGUAAACCCUGUCCGCGCACAAUAUGGCAUGUAUCCCACAGAGCAUUUUUGUGGAGGAAAAUAAGAGUGUGUGUGUGAUUUUUGCCAGUUCAUCCUUUCCACUACAGACCUCCACCUCCCCUCCUGCAUUGCUCCUGCAGGUCCCCUGUCCCCCAAGAACAGCAGAUAUUAGGGCACCAUCUGAUGCAGUAAAAAAGUUUUAGGUUUUAAAUUAUAAUAGAUUGUUGUAAGUUGCCGUGAGCCCUGCCUGGCAGGGAAUGGAGCAGCAUUUAAGUCUAAUAAAAUAAAUUAAUAGAUUUCAGGGGAUAGUUUGGGCUACAGCGGAAGGGGAGAGGUGGCUUCAAAAUCAAGUAUCCCUUCCAUCUGUGGAAAUGUCCUACAGGAUCCACGUCUGUAUGCGUACAUAGACUAUGCAUGUAUUAAGGAAUGAGUGCACUGCCCCUGCUGGCAAAUGGGUGCACUGGUCCUGCCACUUGCCUGUGUGUACACAUGGGUACAACAGCUAGAGGUGCAUGGUGUAUACAUGCGCAGACUCCAUCCCCAGGUUUGGUAAUGAUUGGUAACAAAUGUUCCUGGUCACAGGGAACCAGGAAACGUACAGCUUGAUUGUUCAUAGGCGCUGUGAUCACAUUUGGGGAAAUGUGUGUGAGGAGCAGCAUACUCACCCUGUAUGCAUUGGCUCUGAACACACGUGAUGACAUGUAUAAAUUCAGAAGUUUGUGCCAAUGUUAAAAAUCCACAGAUUUUAUUCCUCUUGCAAAAAUGUGAAUUUUGUGGUUACAGAAUGUGACAUUCUCAGUAUUCAAGACUGGAUGGGCUUACAGGAAUUUAAGUAAGGUAUCUGGGUUGUAGAACUGACUUCCCCAAGGAACGGAGCAGAAUUAUCUCCAAAACAUGUCAGUUGGACACUGGAGAUGUUCUGACAGAACCAAACUGUCAAAUGCUUAAUGUUAUAUAAAUGUUGUAUAUCAUUUCAGGUACCAUGCAGAAGUCAGUGUGGAGUAGUUUUAAAAAGGAGACCAUCCUUUAAUAACAUUACUCCUACUGUAUUCGUCUACGCCUGAUGUCCCUGAAAAUAAAUCCAACUAUCAAGGGGUUUUCAUAUACUAGUCGUUAAGAGUUUUACCAGUUGGGGAAAGUUUCUUUGAGAUAUGUUAAACUGGGUGAUUGUUAUAAUAAAUUUAUUUUCAUAGAUUUACAGACUUGUGAGAGACCAAACUUCAUUUAAACCAUUAGUUUAAGGUAGGAGCAUCAGUAUCUCUCCCCCACCUUCUUUCUUGACACUGUAGGUCCAUGAGCUUGCUGUCAGCUCCAGAUGACUUGAACAAGGCAGAUGCUACUUGUUCAAAUUAAAAAGUAUAUUGAGCUUAUUGGUUUGGAUCCUAUGAACAAGUCCUGUAUGUUUUAGAGAGCCUCUGUCACGCAGCAUGCUUCCUCUUCUGCUAAAACUUCCAUUUGUGCAAGGGCUCCUUGAAAGCAAAUGAUCUGAAGCAAAUGGAAGUUCUGGAGGAAGCGGAAGCCUUUUCCACAACAAAGGCCAUCUAGCAUGCUCUGAGCUCAUUCAUGAGAGCCAAGCCUCCAUUUCUGAAAUUAUCACUUCAACCCUUUUGACUUUUUUAGACAUCCUGGAUCUCUCUCACAACUUCUGCCAUCUUCACAAUAAUACACGCGCUGGUGGUUGGUAACAAUUUCAGGGGUGCUCCACCAACACUUACCCUUUUUAAUUUUAAAGUCAUAAUCACUAAUAGAAUUCUUCAGGGACUCACUGUGCCACCAUAAGCACAGUUAUACCCUUCUAAAUCCACUGAAAUCAGUGAUCACAGAAGCCCGCAACUCUGCUUAGGACAUCACUGUCAGUCUUGUUCCUUUCACAAUAAAGGAAUAUUUUAAGUUAUAGAUACCUGUUUCUGGUUAUUUUGAAUAACUUUGAUAACUGAAGUGACAUAGGAACAACUGUUAUGGAACUAACUGCGAGUUAACAUGUGCUAUGCCAUUUCUGGGCGCUGCUUAGUGAGUGGCAUGGUAUCCCUAUGCAUGUUACUAGAAAUUAACUAUUCACAGCUGUGCCUUUUAAAAAAAUUGUGGCACUGUGGUGAACAAACAUGCAAAUUCAUCCUAAGGUGUCAGCGAGUCACGAACCUUCAAUACAUGAGCCAUGUUGGGUGCAGAAUUGUUCUGGGGAGGGGACGUGGUUCAGUGAUAGGAGACGCUCAGGAGAUCUCAGGUGAAAUCUUUUGCAUCUCCAGGUAAAAGGCUUCAGGGAAUAGGUGUUGGGAAAGGCCUCUCUCUGCCAGAGACCCAGAUCAGAUAGACAAAUGGAGCUAGUUGGACCAAUGGCCUGACUUUGUAUUAAAAAGCUUAUUUUGUUCAUGUUAAGCGUAAGGAUAGGCCCGUAGCAAGAGGAUGGGUCAUGGAUUGCUGUCUGUCCUGGGGGGCAUAACAAGAGGUGAGAGGUCCGGGCAGGCUCUGGCAGCCUCAGGUGCCACCCCUUGUCAAACCACAGCUGAAGACAGCUGCAGUUUACAAAGUCAGGUUUUGUCCCAUUUCACCAGGUCCAUGAGAAGGCAAUAUGACAUGGCUCAACUAUAGUACCAUUGAUUUGGAAAACUUCAGUCUGUGAAAGUGCUCCCAAGAUCUGAAGUCAGCCCUGUACAGAAAUAUUAUUUAUAUCAGUGCAGCUCAUAAAAAGACAAAACAAUAAGUACCCCCCAGGGUGUUUCAUCACCAUUUUUAUACACUUGUACAGAAUGUUUUUGUCAAGCUUACAUUUCAAAAAUAUGAAACCUCAAAUGUCUAACUUGUCAACACUGAUCUUUAAA